GUGCGGUUCGCGCGCGUGUUUUUAGCAUCGUCCAAGUGGAAAGUGCGCAAAGUAUUUUUCUGGCUAUUUUCUCAUGCAUUAUUUUUCAAAUACAAAAUAAUAAUACAUACUUACAUACACACAUGUGUAAGAACAUUGCACAAAAUUGAAAAAAAACAACAGUUUAGUGUGCAAAAUGGUGUGGAAAAUUUUAAAAGAAAAAGCAUAAGAAAAGUAAAAAAUAAAAAACGCCCACGGAUAAAAUUUAUUGCUACGCGUGUAGUGUGUGUGCGGCGAAUGCGUGCGUGUGUGUGUGGUUGUGUGAAAGAAGCAUAAGCAGUGAAUUGUGCAAAAAAUAAAAUAAAGAAUUACAAAAUAAAAGGAAUAAAGUGUUGCAAAUCAAUUGGAGAAUAUAGCAACGAAGAAGAGAGCAGCGACAAGUGAGAAAGCGGCAAGGGCAUAAGCAGCAAGCAGCGUUUAACUUGACACAGCCCAGUGGAAACUCGCGUCAUUUUAAUAAUCUCAAAUACAUGAACAACAAAAAACUGAACAAACAUUGUGAGCCAACAAUUUGAGUUUCUAUUCGCGUGUGUGUGUAAGUGUUUGUGCGUACGCGUGUGUUUAUGUGUGUGUGCGUUAACUGGGCCAAAACGUCGACGAAAAUCAAAAAUGAAAUCAUUAUUCAAAUAUCAAAGUAUUGCCCACAAGUGAACCACAUCAACAUCGGCAACAAACGAUAUAAUUAAUUGCAUAAAUAUGAAAAUUCAAAGUCAAAAUCAACAACGAAAGCUACAGCAACAACAACAACAACAACAACAGCAACAAAAACAUCAACAUCAACGAGAACAACAAGUGAUGGAGCUAUGAAGCAGAAGUCUCCCCAACCGGAAACUACUUGAAGACUAUACAAAUUGUUUGUGAUAAGUAAAGAAAGAACAAGGGAAGCAAACACGGCACUAACAAACAACAAACAGCAAACAAACUGCAAAUAUAAAGAAGGUCAACACACAAUUUGCACUUUAACAUGAACAAAAAUGCCGGCGAUGGCAGCGGCAACGAUGGCAAAAACUCAAACAAUCACGGAGGGAAGGGCGGCGGCGGUUCCAGUGCUGGCGGCGGCGCCGGAGCUGGAAAUCCCCACGAUCCCACCGGACUGCUAGAUGCCGCCUCGCUCUUUGCGUAUUGGGGACGCGAUGCAAGCGGAGCAGCGGCAGCUGCAUCGAAUCCACUCUUCAACUCGCAGUUCAAUGCAGCCGCAGCCGCCGGUUUGGGCUUGCUGCCAAAUGCUGCGGGUGCAGCGGCGGCUGCCAAUGACCGUUACUCCUCGAUGGCAGCGGCUGCGGCGGCAGCUGCGGGCGCCCAUCAUCAUCAGAGCACAAUGGCAGUGGCCGCUUCACAGGCCGCCAGCCUGGCAGGUCUGCAUCCAGCAAGCUGGUGGUCGAUGGCUCAGCUGGCUGCCCAGGACUACUUCAGUCGUCUGCAGGCCUCGGGUCUGUCACCGUUUCCGCAUCCCGAUCUCGCAGCCGCCUUCGGACCCGCUGCCAUGGCCAUGGGAGCAGGCGCCACAGGAGGCAAUGCUGGAGCGGGCAGCGCUGCUGGCAUGGUGGGCGUAGGCGGUGCUGGAGGCGGUGGCAACAGCGGUGGCGUUGGGUCGAGCAGCAAGUCGAAUAAGUCGCGCAAGGAGAAGCGGGCAGCGCAACAGCAACAGCAGCAGCAACAACAACAGCAGCAACAGCAACAGAAUCUGGCCAACAGUCUGAAUGCAGCGGCAGCAGCUGCAGCAGCAGCCGCAGCGAAUAAUCCCGCUGCAGCUUUGGCCAGCAUGCAUGGCUUUGGUCUGCCCGGCAGUGGAAUGCAGCCGACGGUGAGCACGGGCAACAGCUCGGCCAUCUCCACAAGCAGCAGCGGACACGGUGGCUAUAAGAGCACGGCCAGCGCUUAUGGCAAACCCUCGACAAUGACAAGCAGCAGCAGCGCCAGCAGCUUGGCGAGCAAUCCUGGCUCUGCCUACGAUCCGGUGACGCUGCACAAGGAACUGCUCGCCAUGCAGGCGGUGGCAGCAGCAGCCUCCGGCUCUGGUGUGGGCGGCAUGUCCGGCAGCUCAAACAGUUCCUCGGGCAAAAAGUCGAGCAGCAGCAACAGCGCCUCAUUGCAUGCCCAUGGCCUCUCCAAUCUGGCAAUGAGUCUGAGCAACAGCGGCGCCGGUAGCGGCAACAACAAUUCCGGCAUCAUGUCCAGCAGCAAAACAAGCACAAGUGUCAGCUCCAGUUCGGCUGCUUUAGGCGGCAUGCAUCCUGGCAUGUCCAUGUCGCCACACGCCAGCUUAUCGGGCAGCAGCUCGGGCAAGGAGCGAGAUCGUGACCGGGAUCGAGACAAGAACAAUCCAUCGUUGAAUGCCUUGAAUUCGUUGUCACAAUUUGGUGCUCUCGGCAUGACGCCACAGCAGAGCAUGCAGGCAGCCAUGAAUGCAUUUGCAGCUAGCACUGGCGUGACGCCCAGUGCCACAGUCACCUCCUCGGCUCAUCCCACGCAGCAGCAGCAACAGCAGCAGCAACAACAGCAGCAGCAGCAACAGUUGCCCAGCUCAACGUUGACAACGGGCAGCGGCAGCAGCAAAGGCAGCGCCAAGGAUUACAUGAGCAAUGCGGCCAUGAUGAGCAGCAGCAGCGAGCAUCCAUCGUUGUUGGGCGUUCGAUUGCCGCCGGACACGGAGAUUAUCAAAUAUACGUCCAGCAUCGUGGGCCCCAAGAUACCCGGUAGUAACUCGCGCGGUCGCAAGAAGACCAUAUCCGAAACAGAACAACAACAACAACAGUCCACACAGAAACAACAACACCAAGCAGAACAACAACAACAACACCUGACACCACAACAACAACAACAGCAAAAGGAUCUUGAAAGCACAACAAAUGCAAUUUCCUCUCUGCUUGCGUUUCCAGGCCUCAGUCCAGCGAAGCGUGCCCGCCUCGAGAUGGAAUACGCCGCCAUGGCAGCAGCCGCCCAACAGCAACAGCAUCUCCACGGCAUGCUUGGAGCAGCUGGCAUGCCGAUGAGUGCCCUCGGCUUGAGUCCCAUGGAUCAGUUGAGCAGCGUAUCCAAGGCGGUCAGCUCAUCGACGCCAUCGGCAGCGGCUUCGUCGUCGUCGUCUUCGACGGUGACGAGCACUGCAGGAUCAGCGGGAUCGGCGACGGGACAGUCGCACAAUCAGCAGCAGAGUCACAGCCAGAAUGCGUCCAAUGAUCGCGUGGAAGUGAUCAAGUUGCCGCCCACAAUCACCUCGAAUGGCGCCUACAAUCUGUCCAGCAAAGGUUGUGCCAAGGAGCUGCACGAUCUUACCGGGGAUCCCUCGCUUGCUGGUGGCGUCAAUCUCAGCCUGAAGGCGAACACAACGAUGCCGGCGAGCGGUGCCAUUGGCUCCGCCUCGAAUCCCAUCACCAUCGAUGACUUCGAUGCGCCUCUGAAUCUCUCGAUGAAGCCCUCGGACAAGAGCAGCGGCAGCAGCAGCAGCACAGCAACAGCUGGCGCCGCAGCAACAACUGCCUCAGCCACGUUGGGCAAUCUGGCCAGCGAGUAUCAGGCGCAAGGAGUUGGAGCUGGCGGUGCCAAUAGUCUGCAGAGUCUCAGCUCAAUUACGGCUGCCUUGGGCGGCGCUGGUGGCAUGCCAGGUGGCUCCAUCUCGGGCAGCGGCAGCGGCGCAGGCGGUGCAUCGCCUUCACCUGCUGCUGGCGGUUUGCCUGGCGCAUCGGGCACUUCCAGCUCGGGAUCAGGCUCGGGAUCUGGCUCCUCCACGUACAAGGAGGGACGACCACGCAAUCUGGGACGUGGCGUAUCCAAGCCUAAGAAGAAUACGGUGGCCUCGCUGCUGGCGCAAUCGCGUGCUGUCGGCUUGAAGCCCAUGCUUGCCACACAGCAGCUGCUGCAACAAGGCGCAGAUAUUGAAAAGAUUCGACUGGCUUUGAGCGAAGCGAACGCACACAUGGAAACCUCGACGGAUUCGGAGAGCGUCGCUGCAGAAAGCGGACUAUCGGAGUCGGAGAGUGAAGAUGCCAACAUACUCAACGUGGCCGAGUUGCGAGUGCCUCUCGAACUGGGCUGGAAGCGAGACACCGUCAUACGUGGCCUGACCAAGCAGGGACAGAUCCGGGGCGAGGUCACCUACUAUGCGCCAGGGAGCACGCUGCCCCUGAAGACCAUUGGCCAAGUGUUUGCUCUACUGGAGCAGCAGCCUUCGAGUCUGACGCGCGAGAACUUUAGUUUCUCGGCUCGUGCCAUUGUGGGUUCAUUCCUGCAGCCUGCGCCGCCGCCUUAUGCCAAUGAUGGCGAAUACAUACGCAUGACGGACGAGGAUGUAGCCAAGCGACUCGAGGAUCUGAAGGUAUUCACGCGUCAAACGCUGAACGUGGAGCAGCGUAUUGAGAUUGCCAAGCAGCAGCAGGCAAUGCGCGAUGCCAAGAAGCAGCAAAAGGAGGAGCUGGCUCGCAACAAGGAGAAGGCCAGACAGGAGAAAAACGCCAAGCUGGAGCAGCAGCGCAAGGAGAAGGAGCUGAAGAAUCAGCAGGCCAUCGAAGAGCGCAAGAAGCGUCAGGAGGAGCUGGAUCGUCUUAAGCAGGAAGAGUUACUCAAGAAGCAGCAGGAGAAAGAGAAGCGACGUCAGGAAGCAAUACUAGCUAAGGAACAGGAACUUCAGAAGCAAAAGGAGUUAUUGCUGGCUGCUGAAAUGGAGCGUGAGCGUCGUCGUCAGCACAUGAAUCUCAUAAGAAUGCUAGAGUUGCGUCGCAAGUUUGAGGAGCGCGAGAAGAAGAAACAUCAACUGGUGCUCGAUCGUCUGAUACUGCGAGAACGUCGCAUGGCGGAGCGAAAGCGCGAUGCUGAGAUACUGCAGCUGAUACGUAAACCCAACGAGGACUCCGAAUUACCGCAGGAGUUGUCGGUGCCAGAACUGGAGCGCAUUGCAGGCAAUCGUCUGCCUGGCCAGGCGAUGGCGGAUCUGCUUAUGGUCUUUGAGUUCCUGCACAACUUUGGCGAGACUCUAGGAUUCGACAUGGAAUCGUUGCCAUCGCUGCAGAAUCUGCACGAUGCGCUUAUCAGUGACAGCAAUGCAGAUGCCGAGGAGGAACUGCUGUCCGUAAUGACACAUCUGCUGGUCUGCGCUAUUGAGGAUCCUGGUGUUCCGAACCCGGGAAGACACACCACGCUCCUGGGUCAAUCGCUGCGCAAUGCGGACAUCACCAACUCGAAUGUGUCGGAGAUACUGCGCAUCUAUUUGUAUGCCACAGCCACUGGGGAGAUUCGUCAGAUGCACGGCAUCACUGUGGAUCGGGAGCGAGAGCGUCGUGUGCCCGAUCAUCAUCAGUUGGAUGCGGAGAGUGCCACACACUCGGCCAAGAAUCACGAGUACUACAAGUUGUUGCAUGAGAACGACACCUGGAAGCUGUCGCAUGCGCUCAAGGAUCGUCCCUUCGUGGCAUUGAAUCCCACACGCAAGGCACAAAUGUUGGCGCAUCUGUGCAACGAUCUGCUGAUGAACAAGGCGGUGCUGCGCCAGAUCGACGGCAGUCUAGAGACCUGCGCUCAGAUGCGUAAGGAGAAGUACAUGACGGACAUGAAGGUACGCAAGUACAAGGCGUUGCAUCAGCGCAAAGCUCGCAUUGAGGCCUAUGAGAAGGCGCAGGCUGAACGCGAGGCAGCGAUGCAGGCGCUGCUUGCUCAGCAGAAACUCGAUGCGGAGCGGGAACGCGAACGUCUCGCGAAGCUUGCCGAAGCUGAAGCAGAGGCAGAAGCCAGCAAACAAGCGGCUACAACAGCAGCAGAAGCAAAUGCGACUACAGAAGAUGGAGCUGAUGGGGAGACGGCAGCUGCUGGGGAGGGCAACAGUGAGACUAACGAGGAGAAGGAGAAGGACGCACAGCAGCCGCAACCCUUGGAUGGGGAACAGCCGCAAGCCAUGGAAAUAGAUGGAGAUGCGACACCGUUGAAUGCGAGUAAUAAUGAAGCUGCUCCAAUUGGUGUUGUUGCAGCUGCUGAAGCAAGUCCUGCCAAGGAGGAGUUCCAGCAGAACGGCGGAGCAGUCACAGCAGGCGUCGCGGGAGUUCCUGGAGUAGUGGGAAUUCCGGGAGUUCCUGGAGUUACCACAGUUACAGGAGUUCCUGGAGUUGCCGGAGUCACGGUAGUCCCAGGACUUCCUGGAGCAGUUGCUGGUGUUCCUGGCGCUCCAGGAGUCACAGCCGAGGCUCUGCUGCAGGCCAAGAAGAGCGGCGCACGCAGCUCCAUCAACGAGGAUGGCCACAAUCAGAGUCACGAUGUCAGCAUCAUUGAGGACGAUCUCUCUGAUCUCGACUCGGAGAUCACCAACGUUGAGGAGGACGAAGACAAUCGCCUAAGUGCCGACGAACUGCAAAAGAAGCUGGACAAGAUUGUGCGUGCCUCGCUGAAUUGCAAGGAAGCGCUGGAGAAGAGCACCAAUCAGCUGCGCGCCGCCUGCUUCGGACAGGAUCGUUUCUGGCGACGCUACUGGAAGCUGCCGAAGGCGGGUGGCAUUUUCAUUGAGGCGUUGGAGUCAGCGCAAAACGAUAUUAGUGACUAUCACGAGGCACUCGAGGUCAUGGACGAGAAAAAUAAGAAGCUAGAGACAAACAAUGAACAGCCGAAGGCACCUACGGAAGCUGAUGAGGCAGAGGAACAGACGUCUGAGGAGCAACCACCUGCAGCAGAGCCAAUGGAGGUGGACGGAAACGAAGACAAAGUGGCAGAGACGCCCAAUGAGCCGCAGGAGCAACAGCAGCAGGCGAAUCACGAGGCAGCUAAUGAAGCGCCGCAAGAAGAGGAUGAUGACGACGAUGAUGUGCAGGAAAUCAAUAAAGUGGAACCGGAGAUUGUAGAUCUAGGCGAUGACGAUGACGACAUUAUACCGCCCGCUAAGCCAGUGGAGCCGAUUAUCGCACGACCCGAGAUCAAGGUCAAGUCGGAGAUGGAACUGAUGGGGCCACCGCCCACUGUGAUCUCGACGAAGACGGACUUUGAGGCAGAGAUCAAGAUACCCACAAUACCAGGUUUGAUUCCCACGCUGAGCAACAACAACAGCAACGGGGGAACUGGAUUGGGAAUGGGCAUGGGAAUCGGAGGCAGCAAUGGCAACUGUGAUAAAGUGGACGCUGCCAACAGUCUGGACGAUCUGAAGAAGGAGGACGAUUGCAUCAUCGUAUCCACAUCGCACCCCAGCGAGGAUGCGACACCCAAAUGGUUCUCGAUCGUGAAGCGUGAAGUACCGCUGAUCAGCGAAUUGCCUGCAGAGGAAGGUGGUGUCGUUGCCCAGGACCUGCAGCACAGUUAUGCCAGCUAUCAGAAUUGCAGCGCACAGUUGCAGUUACAGGGACAUCCGUGGGAUCUGAUCAACAACAUGCAAUACUACAGCAUACCCAUGGAGGAGUGCAAGGUGGACCCGACGAAGUUCAGUCAGGAGUGUAUCUUUACGCUGAGCGGUCUGGACGAGAAGCAGAUGCAGGCCAAGCUGGAUGAGUACUAUGAGCAGGGCAAGUUAACGACGGUGUCAAAAAACGGUCUGGCGUCUCCUCAUCGUUGCCAGCCAACCGAUGAGGAGCAACAGCUGGAGCAACUGAAGCUCUCCAAACCGGAACCCGAAACGGAUUCGUUUUUUCGUUUGGGCGCUGAUGUCGCACCGGACACGGGAGGCGGGGGCGGUGGCGGAGUCAACAGUGGAGGUGAAGUGACUGAAGUCAAGCCCAAGAUUGAGCUGCGUCUGGAUGAGGCAUUGUCCCAGGCGUAUUACCACAACAUUGCCAACAUGUCGCUAAGCAGCGUGCAGACUUACAUCCCCAUCGACAUUCCAUUGCCCCUCUCCAUGACACCCGACGAGCACCGACUCCUGGAGCAAGUGAAACUCGCCGGUUUUCCGGAGAAGGUUCACGGGGUUUAUGUGCCCCGUCGGCAACGCUACGGUUGGUGGCAACUGGACGAUGAGCAGAAGUUGCGCCAGCUGCUCAAGACCCUGAAUCCCUCGGGAUUGCGAGAACGUGAACUGCAGGAGAAUCUGACACGUUUCCUCGGUCUCGAGCAACCGCUGGGCGUCAACUAUCAGCUGAAGCUGAACGAAUCGCACGUGGAACUCGUGGAGUACAUGCAACCGGAUAAGAUUGGCGAUUGGAAUCCCAAGGUGGCGCGUCGCGUUGAGCUGGCGUUGUUGGAGCAACUCGAGUCGCUCGAAGAUAAGGUGGCAAGUGCCUCGAUGCAGCUAAAGAAUUGGCAGCUGCCAACGCGCAGCGAGAAUGAAUUGAAUCUCACAGAGCUGGAGGAUCUAACCGAAGCGGAAUUUGUCAGCAUCAUUCCCAUGAUCAGGGAGCGCAUUAUUGACCUCGAAGCGAACAUUGAGCGACGCUACUUGAAGCCACCGCUGGGAUCGCAGACGGGUGAUGCACACCUAGCUGUGAUUGCCCAGAAUCAGCACACUUCGACGCAGACACAGAACUCUGCCUCCGCCGCGGCUUAUCUGCUGCAGAUGCAACAGCAGCAGCAACAGUUGAUGGCGGCGCAGCAACAGCAACAACAGCAGCAGCAACAGCCUGGCAGCAAUCUGAAUGCCUCCUCGUUUAAUGAACGCACCAUGGCCUUGGCAGCGGCUGCUGCGGCAGCUGCCCCAAGUGUCGCCUCCUGUGAUGGAACCGCAGCAGUUGGUGGCACCCUAGAGCCUUGCUCGGGUGCCGCCUCGCCAUCGAGCAACUGUGACAGCGACAAGGAUGAGAAGAUCGAGAACAUACCCAAGGGUCUGGUGCAGUGGCGAGAUGCCGUCGCCCGCUCCCACACCACCGCACAGCUGGCCAUGGCUUUGUAUGUGUUGGAGUCGUGUGUGGCCUGGGACAAGAGCAUUAUGAAGGCGUAUGCAACGCGCACAACAAAGAACAACAAGUCCAACAAAAAGAAAAGCAGCGCCAAAAAGCAGGCAACACCCCAGAAGAAGCAGCCAUCAAAACAAGCCAAGAAGGACAAAGAGAAGGAAAAGAAAUCAACGCCGAAGAAAUCAAAGCAAAAGUCCAAGGAGAAAGAGACGACGCCUACACCGCCACCGCCGCCCCCGCCGAUGACCAUUAAAAUCAAUCUGAAAGCGUUGGCGCAAAACGGUUGCGUCGACUCCAACUACAACAGCAACUCGCAAUCGAACUCGAACAGCGACAGUGACACGGACAGUGACUGCAACUCGAACGCGAACUCAAACUCGAAAACGAAAACGAACGGGAAACGCCGGAGACAACAGGGACAGGGACGACGUUCAGGCACUACUACAAACUCUUGCAAAUAUUCAAAUUCCUUACAGAAUUGCCAGUUCUGCACGUCGGGCGAGAACGAGGACAAGCUGCUGCUAUGCGAUGGCUGCGACAAGGGCUAUCACACCUAUUGCUUCAAGCCCAAAAUGGACAACAUACCCGAUGGCGACUGGUACUGUUAUGAGUGCGUCAACAAGGCAACCAACGAGCGCAAGUGCAUCGUCUGUGGCGGUCAUCGUCCCUCGCCCGUUGGCAAGAUGAUCUACUGUGACUUGUGUCCACGCGCCUAUCACGCCGACUGCUACAUUCCCCCCCUGCUGAAGGUGCCGCGUGGCAAGUGGUAUUGCCACGGCUGCAUCACUCGAGCGCCGCCGCCAAAGAAACGCAGCGCUGCCAGCAGCAGCGGCGGCGGCAGCAGCAGCAAGUCUCGGCGGGAUCGCGAUGCCAGCACCGCGGCCAAGCGACGUGGCAACGAGAAGCAACAGCUGCUCGCCUCCGCCGGCAGCAUGGAGCAACUCUGCCCCAUCGAUCCGCAUCAGCAACAACAGCAACAACAACAGCAGCAGCAGCAACUGUUGCUGCACAGCUCACAGCAGUCGUUGAACUCGUCGCAUGACGAGUCCAUGACAUCCUUGCCAGCGCCGCUGAGUCCGGCGCACUCGAUUGCCUCGGCGACGUACGAUGAGCAUCACAACAACUCCAUCGACACAAGUCGCUUCCAGGCGCAUCUGGGCAACAACAAUGGCGGCGUACCGCUGGAGGAGGCAACAACAGGAGGAGGAGUCACCAACUUUGCCACCACCACAGCCACGCCCACCGCCGCCACAGCCUAUGUGCCACCGAGCCAAUUUGGUGUCGUGCCACCGCCACAAGCCAUGCAGUUUGUUGCCAUGUCACCGCGUGCCGUCACGCCCACUCGAACUCCAACGCCCACGCCUGCGCCGACACCGCCGCCUCCUGCGCUGCUUGCGCCUCUGCAGCCGCCGACGCCCAACUUAACGGCGCCGGUGUUGAUGCAACCCUCGCCCACAGCGCUGCUCAAUGUGACGUGUCAGUCGCCGCCACAGCAGCAGCAGUCUCAGAUGAUGGCCAUGCCCUCGCCACGCACUUGCACGCCCACGCCGCCAGCUGUGGCAGCUGGUGGUGGAGCUGCCACACAAAUGUCGCCGCCGCCCAUCAACAUUCAUGCCAUACAGGAGGCCAAGGAGAAGCUGAAGCAGGAGAAGAAGGAGAAACAUGCCACCAAGAAGCUCAUCAAGGAGCUCGCAGUCUGCAAGACGCUGCUUGGCGAGAUGGAGCUUCAUGAGGAUUCGUGGCCAUUUCUGCUGCCCGUGAACACCAAACAGUUUCCCACAUAUCGCAAAAUAAUCAAGACACCCAUGGAUCUGUCCACCAUCAAGAAAAAACUGCAGGACUUGACCUACAAGUGUCGCGAAGACUUUUGUGUGGAUGUGCGUCAAAUCUUUGACAACUGCGAGAUGUUCAACGAGGACGAUUCGCCAGUGGGCAAAGCGGGGCAUGGCAUGCGCAAGUUCUUCGAAUCGCGUUGGACGGAAUUGACCGAUAAGCACUCUUGAUAUCCUCCGCUGGCGCAGCAUGAGAUGGCAACAGCAGGAGGAGGAGGAGGAGGAGGAGUGGGAGCAGCUGAGGCAGCUCUAACAACUGGGGAAGCAACAACAGUAUCAGCUGGAGCAGCUGCAGCGGUGGCAGCAACAUUAGGAACACCAGUGACAGCCGCAACAGCCGCACAAUUUUGGUAGAAGAAAGCCGAAAAGAGAAUUGAAUAUUGUAUAUAAGAGGAGAGGAGAGGGGAGGUAGCUGUAGUUUGUAUUAUUAUGCAUUAUAUAUAUUUAUACAAUACAAUAUGGAACAUACACAACAACUAUAUAUACGCAGCUAUAUAUAUAGAGAACGAGAAAGGGAAAUGGAAACGAGAGUAUUGAACGUCCUAAAAAAAAAGAGUUGAAGCUACGAACAAAGCAGCAAACGAAGGCAAACAUAACUGAGGAAAGAUUAUGUGUAUUUUAAGCAGAGAGAUGAUAAAUAGUAAUUAAUUAUCAUCUCAUUGUAAUGCGAGUGUUGUCUGUAAAUGCAAGAUUUGGAACAGUAUUUUGUGCACAAGGCUGCGUUGGGGCUUUGUUAAUAUUAUUAUGAUUUGCGAUUGUAUUAAAUGAUAAUUUCUAGUUUAGUUGGAACUCUAGCCGUUAAAUCUUAGCAACUAUAAACUCUAAAACUACAACUAAUUGCAUACGAUUAUUAUUAUUAUUAUUAUUGUAUACUUUACAAACAUCAUGACAUUGUACUUUAUUUGAUAGCAAUCACACGCUCAUUUAAGUUUUAACUUGUAUUUGUACUUAUAGUGAACGCGAUUUGUAUAUGUAUGAAAGCAUUAAUUGUAUUUAUAUUGACUAAACUAUAACUAUAACUAAAUCUAAAUUUAAAAGAAAACUACAAAACUAACGCUAUACUUAAUUAUUAAUGACAACAACAACAACAACAUCAACAACAAAAAACCAUACAUACUCACAAAAACAAAACAAAA